CACGACCUGUAUUCACAUGCUGACACGUCUAAUAUAUAAUAUACAUUUUUGCUGUAUUUCUCCUUGGCUACUGUAUAAGACGAUUGUCAUAAUUAGGAAUAGAAAUAGUCAUGCAAACGCAUUACAGAAACUCUUGAGAAUAGCUCUAAUAAAUUGAGGAAAUGUAGGAAAAAAUGUUUGUUAUCGUAUCCUCGAGAGACAUUCCACAUACGUGUUGGGUAAAACAAAAAUGAUAAUUUUACAAUGACAUACACAAAUCUCUAGGACAAGAUGACGGAGUUUCCUGCAGAAUUUGAUGCUUCCUAUUACCCGAUAUCUCUGGUAUCGUGUGUGAUUGUUGUUGCUUUUUUCAAGUAUGUAAGUCCGCCACUUUCUCGGAAGAUAUUUCCAGGACUGGACAACCUCCCAGAGAAUAAACAGAUAUACUGGCAUACAUGCAUAUGUUCCACUGUACAUGCCAUAAUUGUGAGCGCUCUGUGCAUUUAUACUCUGAUUUUUGAAGCUCAGCUCAAGGAAGACCCUAUAUGGGGACAGAGCAACUUAGUGAAAACCAGUUGUGCGAUUUUGGUAGGCUAUUUAGCAGCAGAUUCUCUAUUUAUUUUGAGAUACUACAAACAAAUUGGUGAUUGGUUUUACGUAUUGCAUCAUUUUGCAUCUGCAUUUGCUUAUUAUUAUGUAAUGUCGUAUGGUGUUUACAUAUACUUUGCUAAUUUCCGACUAAUGGCAGAGUUUUCAACACCCUGGGUAAAUAACAGGUGGUUUCUUUCGGAGAUGGGAAAGAAAUCUAGCAAAGUCUACUUCUACAAUGGUUGUAUACUGACAGCUGUGUUUGCUUUCUGUAGAAUUUUUACGUUACCACAAUGCUGGUAUAUGAUUUACUCUGUGUAUGGAACUGAACCAUUCAAUCGCACACAAGGUUGCAGAUACGUUCUCAUUGUAUCUUGUCUUUUGUUAGACGCCUUAAACAUCAAAUGGUUUUAUAGACUGAUUAAAGGCGUGCAUAAACAGUUGACGCAGAAAGACGCAAAUGAGAAUGUGAUGGUGAAGAAAGAAGAAUAGUGUGUGAUAUGACCAAAUGACUUGACACAAUGUUUUACAAGGUAGCUGUAAUUUAGUCACGUUAAGGAAGCACAAUGUUUUAGAAUACUGUAUCUUUAAUCCAGGUGUAGCAUGUUUUAUGUAUCAAAAAUAAUUUGAUCUUUCUUAGAUUUACUUUUUGUGUUUUUUAUGAAUAAUGGUGUGUUUUUGUCUAAAUAGUUUAAUGAUUAAUAUUUGAUUCACAUAUUUUAAAGGGGCUUCAUAUAUAUCUUUAUAAAUACUUUAUGGAAAUACUGCCACAAUACGUCAUUUUAAAGAACUCAAUGGGUGGUAAAUGGAAAGGUCAAAAUUUGGCAAUAACUAGGUAUCUCACAUGAAAAAAAAUGUUUGAUCAUAAAAUGGGCAUGUUUUAUGUUUUCAAAAAUUUUAAAAAAAGAUUCAUUCUUAAAACUCCUUUGCCGAAUUAAUGAUUAUUUUUAUCACAUUUACAGGAUUUUGUAUUAAGCAACUUAACUAGUCACCUUUGACCUGUAUACCUCAUUUGACUUGACCAGAUCCUGUGGGGUUUCUUUGCAGAAAACUUUGAUCUGUGUUUAUAGUAUGAAUGAGCUAUUUGUAUAGUAAAAUGACUUUAUGUGGCUAUGAAUUAAGAUCAAAGGAUUGAUUUUUGUAUAAAGCAAUUUCAGAACAUCUUGCCGUAUAUUUUCAUGUCCUGUUAUUUGUGAGGUCAUGAUAGUUUUUCAGGUAAACCACACAUUCUUACACCUUUAUAUUACCGGGUAUUGUCAUUAUCAUAUCAUGCUGGACACGACUGAUUCUGUCUUUACGACCAGUGUAGAUCAUGAUCAGCCUGCGCGUCCAUGCAGUCUGAUCAUGAUCUGCACUGUUAGCCAUUCAGUCACUAUUGUUUUGGUAAGCACCCCAUUAAAAUGCUCUGUUAGUGGUACUGUCCAGGUUGAAAAAUAGACAAGUCCAUUAUAGAAAUUCAGCAGAGUAAGAGUUAAGGAAGAUAACAGUUCUAUGCUUGUGCAUUUUGUGAUCAUAUUACUGUGGUGUAGUAUAUCCCUGUUACAUUUUCAACUUGAUAAGAAUAUGUUGUUUAAACAUCGUAAGGAUCUUGCAUGCCUGCUUGUGUAGGACAUUUUUGGGGGAAAUGCCGUUUUCAAGGGCAGAUAACUCUUUUCAGUACUGGUGACCUAUGAUUUUUAUUGCAUAUUUUUGUUUCUUAGAUGAUUGUCCUUCAACAUCCAAAGUUUGAAGAAAUUCUGUUGUUGGGAAAAAUUUCGCCCCAAAUUCUAGCAUACGUCCUUAACAUCAUUUUUCUUGACUCCCGUUGCACAAUAUUCAAAGAUGUUGUAAAUUAUAAAACUGCACAUGUAGUUUAUUAAGUCACAAUUAUGAUGUCACUAUGUGCACAUGUAGCUUGUCUUUUCCUUAGGGUAUAGGUGUAUCCUGGUCUUUCCUCACUUGGUAAAUUAAAGAAAGAACAAUCCUAAAUGCUAUUUAAACAAAGUGAAGUCAUACAGGGCUAGCUUACUGUGAAAAGUGUCGGUUCAAGGUUGCAGAUUAGAUGGAUUGUACAAAUAAGAUGAACUGAAGUGUAAAACCUUGGUCAUUCAAGAUAAUUAUUAAGUUUGUUCUUUAAGUUUGAAAUUUUGAGCUCAACAAGUCCAAAUGGGAGAAUAGUCAUUUAAUUUUGUGAGCAUAGAAUUUCAUAGUAUGGACAAAAAUGAUUAUUUCUUGGGUAAAUGUCAAAUUACCAAGCUAACAUAAAUUUAAAUUUCAUUUAUUUUGUUAGGAUUUUGUGAACUUUUAAAGCCAUGGAAUCCACAAAAAUUUGACCCCAACAAAUUAUAGUAUUGAUUUCACAGAAAAUUAUAUUUAGGCAGUUUCAGGAUAAAACCUGAAUUAGUGACAAAAAAAAAUCAAAAUUAAGAUUGCAAAAUAUUAAUGAAUAUUUCCUUACCUUUCAAAUAAGCUACCUUCACUAUUUGAAGAGUUACAAUGGUUUUAAAUUAUUCAUUGAAAAAAUUUAAAUACAUCAGGAAUGUUGUGAAAGCAGUUUGACAUCGUCGUGCAUGGUGUGUUAAUUUCAUGUCAUUUAUGCAACCAUUUUUAUGUAUCACUAACUUGUCAUCAUACAUUUGAAUAUUUACAGACUGCUGGAAAACAUUUUAGUUUGAAAAUAACUUAAGCCUAUAGUUUUGGUUCCAUUACCAGCCUUCUCGUCAUGGUUCAUGAACUUCUGUUGUCAUGACAACAAAAAGAACAUGUUAUUUUGUUAAUUACAAUACCGUAUAACUCCGUAUUAACGCCCCCACCCUCUAAUUAACGCGCCCCCCCCCACGUUUUUUGGGGAAAAUAAAAGAAUCUUACCUUCAAAAAUUGGUCCUAGAUCCAACACAAUAAUAUCCAGAUAAUAACAAUUUCAUAACAGUACAAAUGAAUUUAAAAAGAAACCACACUUUAUUAACACAAACUUUUAAACACAUCAACAGGCAUGGCACAAAUAAAGCUACUGUGUGUAAGUACUGAAUAUGCCACGCUAUAAACGCUACAGUAUUGAUCGAAUUUAACUCGGAUGAUGUCACUCAGCGCGCGACUUUACACAGAUUCCCAGUACGAUUACGUAUCGGGUUAUGUCAGUGCAUGAACUUGGAUGAAUAGGGGGGCGUUUAUACGAGUUACUGACAUUGUUUGGAUCAAAUUUUUCGUAAAAUGCAUCGCCCCCGGGGGCGUUUAAACGGGGUUAUACGGUAUACUGGUUUCUAGUUUCUGCAUGGACACAUUUAAACAAUGAUUUCCCAGUAUUUUAAACUAUUUAUCAUGCAAAAAGUGUUAUCUUGUCACUAAAACAAGUUUUCUCAUGAAAUGGUCCAUAUGUUAGUUAAAUCAUUGUUAACUCUGAAAAGAAUUGUUUUUGCCAUAUAGAUUUUAAGCGUGGUUGUGAAUAGUAAAGUUGAAUGUUUUUUAACUCUGUCUCUUGUAAAAAUUGAAAUAUUUUAUUUCUCCAUAUGAUAUGAGAGAGGGAAAAAUGAAAUCAAACCAUUGUAUCUUGUGGAAUGUUACAUGCUUAACCCUUAUCAUGCAGGACAGGAAUGAUUCUGCCUUUGCGACCAGUGUAGAUCAUGAUCAGCCCGCUCAUCCUUGCAGUCUGAUCAUGAUCUGCCCUGUUCGCCAUUCAGUCAGUAUGUUUUUGGUAUGCAACCUUUCUAACAGUUAAUGGUACUGUCCAAAUUGAAAGAUGGACAAGUUCAUUACAGAAAUUUAGCAGGAUAAUGGUUAAAGGUUUUAUAAAAUGAUUGUUUGUGUAUGUAUAUAUUGUAUAUUAUUCAAAUAUUUGUUACCAGAUUGGCAGAAAGUGGAAAACUAUACAUUUAUAUAUCCAGUACACUAAGUCUUUCAAAAUAAGUAUUGUCCUUUUAAAAGUUUUUGUUUGAAUCCAUAUCAGUAAUAACUGUUUUUGUGUUUUAUUUAUUAGACAGAUUUGUCCAUUUACUGUGAAUUUACAGGGAGAAUGUAUCAUGAAAGAAUCAAUGUUAAAGUGACAUUUGGUCUAUGGUGGAGAAAAAAUAUGAAUCCAGAAGACUUUAUCUUUUAAUGGAACAAUUUGCUGUGUCAAAUCUGACAAAAAAAGUUUUAAUUUUUUAUAUCAUGCUUUUAGGAAGUCUUGAAGGUUAAAAAACAAAUCUAACAUUGGAACGCAAUAACAAAGUUUAAAAUAAUAUUAAAAUUUACUUUCUGUUCAUUCCAUCAUUUCGUCAUUAUUUCACUGUGGCAGUAAAAUAAGAAAAUUAGAAUUUGAGAAGGUCAUCAUUUUGAAUAUUUUGUAUAUAAAAUUAAUUUUUAGCCGAUUUUUAAUGAUAAUUUUAUCCGUUCAGUUUUAAUCUGUGAUUUUCUUGGCAUUUCUCUGCAAUGAAAAAUGGAGCUUAUUACCCUUUUUUGGAAAGUCUGAAAUCCCUCCAGAGCUUUCUGAAUGGUUCAUCUGUAUGCCGCUACAAUAUUUUAGAAUAUUAUAUACUGUUUGAAAAAAGAUAAGCUGAGUUGAUAUAUUACAUUUUAUUAUUAUCAUAUCAAUUUUAAAAGUCUGGUGUAAAGCAGCCAGCAUUUCUCACAUUCCAUCUAAACAGUGGAAUUCUUUUACGUUGGUGUUGUAUGAUUUUCACUGUUACAAUUGUGCGAGAGAUCAGGAAGUAGUGGCGUUGUGCAAUACAGAUUUUAUUUAUCGUCUAUACCAUUCACUGUGUAUCCGUUAUGUCCAUAGAUGUACCAUAGUUUGUUGAUUAUGGCUUAUUUCCAAGCUUUUAUUCAGUAAUUGACUUGAAUUGUACCACACAUAACUUGAUCCAAGACAGUAUAAUACUAUGAAGCCAUACUUAUUCAACCAUAUUUAAGGGGACCUCUGUGGCAGAGUGGUUAAGUUCACUGACUUCAAACUAUUUGCUCUUCAUCGAUGUGGGUUGGAGCCUCACUUGGGGCUUUGAAUUCUUCAUGCGAGGAAGCCAUCCAGCUAGCUUACGGAAGGUUCUACCCAGGUGCCCGCCCGUGAUGAAAUAAUUUACGGAGCGGCACCUGGGGUCUUCCUCCGCUAUCAAAGCUGGAAAGUCGCCAUAUGACCUAUAAUUGUGUCAGUGCGACGUUAAACUCUACAAAAUAAAAUAAAAUCAACCAUAUUUACAUACUUCCAUUUUAUAGGUAUUACAAUGUAGAAAUCAUGAUUUGUAGCACUGUAUAUUAUAUUCCAGUUAGUAUUACUAUGAACUUUAUAAGUGGGUUAAACUAUUAAGUGGCAUUACCAAUUGUUUUAUCAGAAAUAAUAUACAUAGUAAAUUUAUUGCAGGUUUUUGUUAUACAGUUAUGAAAUGACAAUGGCAUUCCUUUAUUGAUAGUUAUUGGCAUGGCUAAACCUGUAUCGGCAUCAGGGCAAUGCACACUUUCGGUUGUUGUACACAUUUACUUUUAUUGGCAGGAGUAACUGGAUUCUGUUCUGUAAAAUUUUCUUUCUAUUUGAAGUAAGGUAUAGAAUAAACUCUUUUACUGGUAUCAUAUUUCAUAGUUUUAGAACCCAUGGUUCUGACAUAGGCAGUAAAAGAACAAACAAAAGUAAAAGAGAAAUGCUAGUAGGCCCAGGGUUGUUCCUCUGUAAUAUUUUUGCAAAGUCAUAAAAGGGCAUGAAAGAAAAAACAAAUGAUAAAAUAUGAAGCAUAAUAUCUUAGUGCAUGUCAGAAACCACAUCAAACAGAAACUUUACAUCACUCUUUUAUCUCGAGAUACUGUAAGUGUACUUAUAUUAGCGCAGCUAAAUUUUAGCGCAAACGCCUUAAACUGAGUAGUUUCGGCUUAUUAGCGCGUACUUGUAUUAGCGCAGUAUCAGCAGCGCUAAAAUAGCCAACCUGAAAAACCAAUUUCCGAUGAAGUACGGAAUGGCCCCAACGUGACCAUUGUGUCAAUCAGUUUUGCCUGGGACUAUAUAUACACGUUUUUUCCUUAAAAAUAUAUAAAUAAUGUUUGCAUUUGUAUGGAAAUCUUGUAUUAAUAAUGUUAUCAAAUCGGCCAGGCACGCAAAUAAAUCUACAUUCGUUUAGAUCAGUGUUAAUCUGUGUACUGAAAAUUUAUACAUGUAUACAGUGCAGAAUGUUGAUAAUUCUUUGUUUUCAAAUUCACACUUUGUUUUCAAAUUCACACUUUGUUUUCAAAGCAGUAAAAUGUUAUGGUGACACUCGGAAUUAGAGCGACUAGACAAACUGGCGAUCUACUCCGAAGGUGUUAUAUACGAUGUUUACAAACAAUGGCGAAGAUAAAAAAAUGCAAGUUUGACAACUUAUUUCACAAAUUACAUGACUUUUGCCUAAUGUUCAAACAUAUUUUAUUAUUCUGUUCAAAACUUUCUUCAGAAUAUUAAUUAGGACUGCAGUUAUUGUCAUAUUUACACUAUUAAUAUGUAUUUCUCUGUGUUCUGUUGCAUUGUAAUAACGAUAUUUUCAAUGCGAUAAAUGUUACCGGGUACUUUUUUAUUAAGAAAGUCUUUCAUUUCAGUGUAAUAUUAGCACUAGACAUGAAUUAGCGCAUGUCCGAUCCUGCUAAUAGCGCAAAAAUUAGUACUCCGCUAAUAUUAAUACACUUACAGUAUUCACCUUUUUUACCUCACAGUGAGGAGUUGAAGUACCCAUAGCGUAUAUCUUCCCGGAUGAUUAUCAAAGCCUGUGUGAAAAACUAAUGUCCCUAGCCGUUUGUCUUAGAUCUUUAUCAGCUUGCUUUAACGCUGAUUGAACAGUUGUUGCAGUAAAUGAUGCAGGUGUUAUGUGUGUUUCGCCUUCAUUUGGUACACAGCUGUCAGAAAUUCUCUUGGGUCAUGUGUAAACAGUUCUGACCUCUUCCAGUGAAUGUAAAAUUUUUAGUUUUUGACAGGUAUUCCUUGUGUUCAGCAAGUAAUGUCACAUUCAGGUGCUCUGCCUUUUGCUUAAUCAUGGUCAUUUUACCAUACAGUUUUUAUAGAGUUCAUUGUGAAAUUGUGAUCAGAUACCUCCUUUUUAUGUUAGAUCAAUUUUUAACUUAAAGUUCUGUCAGCAUGAGUGCUCCUUUAUUCUAAUAAAAUUAUAUAAUUUUGGAAUGUAAAUUAAGAAUUCUACAGUCGUUUAAUUUCACAUUUUGAACUAAAAACACAAAAUACAUGUUGCGCUGCUCUUGCCAAAAGCUGCUUAAAUAAUAAUUUAUGCAUUUGUUACUGAAGAUCUUCAUGAAAGUAAUAUAGAAUUGCUGGAAAAUAAAUGUUCCAGCAUCAUGGCAAAUUUUAUUAAAUUAAAAGGUCAACAAUUAAGUCUCUGACAAGUGUUUAUGCUAUUUUGGGACAACCCUCAUACUUACAUAAUCAACAGGAAGAGUAUAACCCUUAUCAUGCUGGACACAUGCAAUCAUCAGCUUGCACACCCUUGCAGUCUGAUCAAGAUCUGCCCUGUUCACUAGUCAGUAUAUAUUUGGUAGGCACCCCUUUUUGCAGUUAAUGGUACUGUCGAAAUUGAAAGAGGGACAAGUUCAUUAUAGAAAUUUAGCAGGGUAAGGGAUAAUUGAUACAGAAACCACUGCUUUGCAUGCUGCUAGCUGUCACCUGACUGGUUCCUGAUAUAGAAUACACAAUGUUACCUCUGACAUUACUGUUUUGUAGUUUGUUUACUAUUUAUGAUGUUACUUGUUUUUGGAAAGCUACCAGUUAUUUUGAUACUGCAGUGGAGUUGUCAUACAGAAGUUUGCAAUGAUAAUUUUACUGCAGUUUAGUUUAAAAAACUUACUCUUUGCAUUUAUUAAACCUUGCUUUCAGAAACAUUCUCAAGUAGAAUACUUGCUCAACUUAGACUUUAAAGUUACAGUUUUUAGCUCACCUGUCACAUAGUGACAGGGUGAGCUUUUGUGAUCGUCCGUCGUCCGUCCGUUCACAAUUUCUUGUGAACAUGAUAGAGACCACAUUUUGCAAUCAACUUUAUUCAAACUUACACACAACUUGUAUUUGCAUAAUAUCUCAAUUCCUUUCGAAAACUGGCCAGAUUCCAUCUUGGGUUUCAGAGUUAUGGCUCCUUAAAGGGCCAAAAUUUGAUAUUUUUGUCUUGUGAACAUGAUAGAGACCACAUUUUGCAAGCAACUGUAAUUAAACUUGCACACAACUAAUAUUGGCAUAAUAUCUUUCGAAAACUGGCCAGAUCCCAUCAUGGGUUCCAUAGUUACGGCCCCUUAAAGGGCCAAAAUUUGCUUUUUAGCUCACAUGUCACAAAGUGACCAGGUGAGCUUUUGUGAUCGCGCAGCGUCCGUCGUCCGUCCGUCAGUAAGUCCGUGCUUCGGUAAACUUUUGCUUGUGACCACUCUAGAGAUUACAUUUUUGGUCGGAUCUUUACGAAAGUUGGUCAGAAUGUUCAUCUUGAUGAUAUCUAGGUCAAGUUCAAAACUGGGUCACGUGAGAUCCAAAACUAGGUCAGUAGGUCUAAAAAUAGAAAAACCUUGUGACCUGUCUAGAGGCCAUACUUUUCAAUGGAUCUUCAUGAAAGUAAGUCAGAAUGUUCACCUUGAUGAUAUCUAGGUCAAGUUUGAAACUGGGUCACAUGCCAUAAAAACUAGGUCAGUAGGUCAAAUAUAAAAAAAACCUUGUGACCUCUCUAGAGGCCAUAUUUUUCAGGAAACUGUAUGAAAGUUGGUCUGAAUGUUCAUCUUGAUAAUAUCUAGGUCAAGUUUGAAACUGGGUCAACUGCGGUCAAAAACUAGGUCACUAUGUCAAAAAUAGAAAAACCUUAUGACCUCUCUAGAGGUCAUACUUUUGAAUGGAUCUUCAUGAAAAUUGGUCAGAAUGUUCACCUUGAUGAUAUCUAGGUCAAGUUAAAAACUGGGUCAUGUGCCUUCAAAAAUUAGGUCAGUAGGUCAAAUAAUAAAAAAACCUUGUGACCUCUCUAGAGGCCAUAAUUUUCAUGGGAUCUGUAUGAAAGUUGGUCUGAAUGUUCAUCUUGAUGAUAUCUAGGUCAGGUUCGAAACUGGGUCAACUGUGGUCAAAAACUAGAUCAGUAGGUCUAAAAAUAGAAAAACCUUUUGACCUCUCUAGAGGCCAUAUUUUUCAACAGAUCUUCAUGAAAAUUGGUCUGAAUGUUCACCUUGAUGAUAUCUAGAUAAAUUUGGAAACUGGGUCACGUGCCGUCAAAACUAGGUCAGUAGGUAUAAAAAUAGAAAAACCUUGUGACCUCUCUGGAGGCCAUGUUUUUUAUGAGAUCUUCAUGACAAUUAGUGAGAAUGUUCACCUUGAUGAUAUCUAGGUCAAGUUCAGAACUGAGUCACUGCCUUCAAAAACUAGGUCAUUAGGUCAAAUAAUAGAAAAACCUUGUGACCUCUCUAGAGACCUUAUUUUUCAAUGGAUCUUCAUGAAAAUUGGUCAGAAUUUUUAUCUUGAUGAUAUCUAGGUCAAGUUCAAAACUGGAUCACAUGAGCUCAAAACCUAGGUCACUAUGUCAAAUAAUAGAAAAAACAAUGUCAUACUCAGUUCAAAACUGGGUCAUGUGGGGACAGGUGAGCCAUUCAAGACCAUCAUGGUCCUCUUGUUUUGGCUUGUGAACAUGAUAGAGACCAAAUUUUGCAAUAAACUUUAAUCAAACUUAUACACAAGUUGUAUUCGCAUCAUAUCUCAGUUAUUUUCGAAAACUGGCCAGAUGCCAUCAUGGGUUCCAGAGUUAUGGGCCCUUAAAGGGCCAAAAUUUGCUUUUUGGCUUUUGUAGCCAUAUAGAGGCUUCAUUUGUGGUUUGAUUUGAUACAAACUUGCAAAAUAUCUUCAACAACAAUAAAUCUUGGAUUCCAUGAUGAAUCUGUCAGAUCCAAUCACAGGUUCUGGAGUUAUGGCCCCUAACUGACCCCUGAAAGAGCCAAAAUUUGUUAGUUUUUACCUUGUGAAUACGAUAGAAGUGACAUUUUAUAUUUGAUUUUAACCACACUUACACACAACUUAAGUCACAAUAAGAUCUCAGUUCCUUUCGAAAACCGGCAAGAUUCCUUCAUGGGUUCUAGAGUUACUGCCCCUGAAAGGGGUAAAAUUUUCUGUUUUGGCCCUUUCAGCCAUGUAGAGGUUUCAUUUAUGUUUGAUUUGAUACAAACUUGCACAGAAUGGUUAUCUUGAUGAUUUCUAGACCUGGAUCAAAAACUAGGUCAUCGGGUCAAAUCAAAGGAAAAGCUUGUUAACAACCUAGAGACCACAAUUAUGAUCCUAUCUUCUUGAAACUUGGUCAGAAUGUUUAUCUUGAUGAUUUCUAGGCCAAGUUCAAACUUGGUCCUAUGGGGUCAAAAACUAGGUCACCCGGUCAAAUCAGAGGAAAAGCUUGUUAACACUCUUGAGGCCACAUUUAUGACCCUAUCUUUAUGAAACUUGGUCAGAAUGUUUAUCUUGAUGAUUCCUAGGCCAAGAUCAAAACUGGGUAGUAUGGGGUCAAAAACUAGGUCACCCGGUGAAAUCAAAGGAAAAACUUGUUAACACUCUUGUUCAUUUGAUGUGCAUGAAACUUGGUCAGAAUGUUUUUCUGCAUGAAAUAUCUGAUGAACUUUUAAUUGGGUCAUGUUGGGUCAAAAACUAGGUCACCAGGUCAAAUCAAAGAAUAAACUUGUUUACACCCUAGGGGGCGCAUUUUUGUGCCCCCCCCCCCCGAUGAGUGGUGGGGGCAUAUAGAUUUGGUCUUGUCCUUGCAUCCGUCCGUCUGUCUGUCCGUCCGAAGUUCGUGACACGCCUAGCUCAAAAAGUAUUUGAUAUAAAUUCAUGAAACCUUGCAUGAGUCUUUAUCAUGAUAUGAACUUGCGCACCUCCUAUUUUUCGUCUGGCUCCGCCCACUAUUUUUAGAGUUAUGGCCCCUGAAAUAGUCAAAAAUGCACAUUAUCACCUUGUGACACGCCUAGCUCAAAAACUAUUUGAUAUAGAUUCAUGAAACCUUGCAUGUGUAUUAAUCAUGAUAUGAACUUGCGCACCUCCUAUUUUUCAUUUUGGUCCGCCCCCUAUUUUCAGAGUUAUGGCCCCUGAAAUAGUCAAAAAUGCACAUUUUCACCUUGUGACACGCCUAGCUCAAAAAGUAUUUCAUAUAAAUUCAUGAAACCUUGCAUGAGUCUUUAUCAUGAUAUGAACUUGCGCACCUCCUAUUUUUCAUCUGGCUCCGCCCACUAUUUUUAGAGUUAUGGCCCCUGAAAUAGUCAAAAAUGCAUUUUUUCACCUUGUGACACGCCUAGCUCAAAAAGUAUUUGAUAUAGAUUCAUGAAACCUUGCAUGUAUAUUAAUCAUGAUAUGAACUUGCGCACCUCCUAUUUUUCAUUUGGGUCCGCCCCCUAUUUUCAGAGUUAUGGCCCCUGAAAUAGUCAAAAAUGCACAUUUUCACCUUGUGACACGCCUAGCUCAAAAAGUAUUUCAUAUAAAUUGAUGAAACCUUGCAUGAGUCUAUAUCAUGAUAUGAACUUGUGCACCUCCUAUUUUUCAUCUGGCUCCACCCCCUAUUUUUUGAGUUAUGGCCCCUGAAAUAGUCAAAAAUGCACAUUUUCACCUUGUAACGCACCUAGCUGAAAAAGUAUUUGAUAUAGAUUCAUGAAACCUUGCAUGUGUAUUAAUCAUGGUAAGAACUUGCACACCUCCUAUUUUUCUUUGGGUCUGCCUCCUAUUUUUUGAGUUAUGGCCCCUGAAAUAGUCAAAAAUGCACAUUUUGACACUCCUAGCUAAAAAAGUAUUUCAUAUAAAUUGAUGAAACCUUGCACGAGUCUAUAUCAAGAUAUGAACUUGCGUACCUCCUAUUUUUCGUCUGGCUAUGCCCCCUAUUUUUAGAGUUAUGGCCCCUGAAAUAGUCAAAAAUGCACAUUUUCACCUUGUGACGCGCCUAGCUCAAAAAGUAUUUAAUAUAAAUGGUUGAAAACUUGCAUAAGUCUUUAUCAUGAUAUAAACUUGCACACCUCUAAUUUUUUGGCUGGUUCCACACCUAUUUUUAAAGUUAUGGCCCCUGAAAUAGUUAAAAAAAUGCACUUUUUCACCUAAUUAUGUGCCUAACUCAAAAAGUAUUAGAUGUAAAUUCAGGAAACCUUGCAGGAGUCUUUAUCAUGAUGUGGCCUUGCACUCUUGUCAUUCUUCUUGAGAAUCUUACUCUUAUUACAGAGUUGUGGCCCUUGAAAUAGCCAGAAUAGUGGAUUUUUUGUUUGUGAUGCGCAUAGCUCAAAAAGUAAAGUGCCUAGAAUAAUGAACCCUUUUCAUAAAAUAAUUGUUGAGGCUAUACCCCAUUAAGACUGCAAACAUUUGAAUUAUUGCCCCUUAUUUGUGACUAAUGUACCAGUGGGGGGCACACCCUGUGUCCUACAGACACAUUCUAGUUUAUUCUAUCUUCAUAAAACUUGGUCAGAAUGUUUUCAUGAAGUCUUGGAUGAUUUCAAAUCUGGGUCACGGGGAUCAAAAACUAGGUCAGAUUAAAGGAAAAUCUUGUAUACACUCUAGAGGCCACAAUUUGGCUCCAAUCUUCCCGAUACUUUGUCAGAAUGUUUGUUUUCAUGAAAUUUUGGACAGGUUUGAAUCUGGGUCAUGUGGGGUAAAAAAAACUAGGUCACUAGGUCAGAUCAAAGAAAAUGCUUAUGUACACUAAAGAGGCCACGUUUUUUUGGUCCAAUCUUAUUGAAAAUUGGUCAGAAUAUUUGUGUCCAUGAAAUCACUAGGUAAAACAUGUUUACACUGUUAUGGUGUGUUACUCAGGUGAGCGACCUAGGGUGAUCUUGGUCCUCUUGUUAUUUACCUUCAGACAAUCUUUUGUGUGAUAUUUACUGGUUUAAAAAUGAAUAUGAAAAUAUCUCCACUUGAGAAUGUUUUGUAAAAAAAGGUGUUUAGUUGUUUUUAGCAUAAAACUGCAUUUGUUAAUUGUGGAUUUAUCUCUGUUGAAGAGAACAUAUGAUUGAUAAACAACAAUUGGAUAAGUUGAAUAAAGAAAGAAUCAAAAUUUA